AUGGACAUAAACUACAACUUGACUGCUCCUUGUUCAUCCUCUCUCUCUAACAUAUCCCAUGUACCAAUAAUUGAUCCUUCACAUCUCUGUGAUUUCAAACAACAGAUCAAAUGUGGCCACUUCUCACUCUGGGGCACAAAAGAAGGAGCCAGCAAGCAGGUUCUUAAAAUCUUGCAGAAACUCAAGGAUCUGGACAUUACACUAGACAUUCUUGCUGAAACUGGAAUUGGCAAAACAGUGAACUCUUUGCGCAGACAUGAACAGGCUGGAGAAUUUGCCAAGUCGCUAGUUAGAGGCUGGAAAAAACUGGUCCCUAAGGAGUGCUCAAGCCACACUGAGGUUGGGGAUGUGUCAGAGACUCCGUCUGUUAAAGACAAGCUGGCUGACCAAAACUGUCCCAAUACUGGAAGUUUGACAACAGAGGAUUCAAACAAUAACUGCUUAACAUCUCACCUCAAGAGUCAUGAUUCUUCAGACGAGGCCCUAUUCAAAACGGGGAACAGAAAAACUGAUUCAGAGAAAGAACAAUGUGAAGAACAGAAAGGAAAAAAGAAUGAAAAUCAAGAAAAAUUUCACCAAGAAACACUGAAUAUCUUUCAGAAAGACAUCUUGGAAAAUAAAAUUGAAGAGGAUAAAAUAGACUAUUCAUGUGUUUCCAAGAAGAAGAAAACUGAUCAGAGUGACAGAAAAUCAGGAGACGGUGAUACGUGCUUGCUUGGAAACAAAAACUCUGGGGACACUCAUCAGAGAUCCAGGUCUGAUUCCAGGGAAAAACCGAAAAGCAGCUCAGACAGUGGAAGAUUUGAGUCAGAAAAAGAGUCAAAUACGAAAGCUAAGCCAUCAAAAGAAUCUUCAAAGGAAGGCAAAGAAUCUUUGUCAUCUGAGUCCAGUGACAAAUACUCAAAACCGUUAAAACUGGCCAAUGUCGGAGAUGGUGAAUGUUCAGGAAUAAUGAAGAGGUCUGAGGCCCAAAAGAGAAGAAGGCAAAAAACAAGUGAAGAGAGGCAUGUCCAUCUGAAACACAAACAAAAGUCUGAAAAUAAGAGACAUUCAAAACACAAAAACAAAAAGGCAAAAAUAAAGCACAGAGACGAAGAAAGUGACCAAAAGGAGCCCUCCAUGUCUUUUGAAUCGUACUUGAACUAUGACGUGAAUGUUUUCAAGAGAAAAGAACGAGUGAAGAAACAUCCCAAGAAAAUGAAGACUGUAGUAAAAGAGGAAGCAAGAAACGAUCCUGGCGUGAAGUCACCUGUGAUGUCUGUAAAUGUCAGCCCUCCUAAUCAGAAGUUUCAGGAGUCUGUAAUGGACCUGAUGAGCAUUCCUUUACCUGCUGUUCUGCCUGAAUGUGAAAAGCCAUCCAGUGUUGUUUACUUUGACAGGAAAGUUGAACGGGAAUCUGAUUUCUGCGACGUCUCCGAGGACUCUGCUGUCUUCACUGGUCAGCGACUUAACCAGAAGAUGCAAGUGUACUCUGGUGCCAAGACCAUCUUCCUCCCAACUAUGAUGAGCUUGUACCAACAGUGUAUCCGCACACUCCAGAACAAUAUUAACUUGAUUAAUGAAACUGGCGGAGUCCCGUUUGAAAUCCUUGAGCCAGUGUUGGAGAGGUGCACACCAGAGCAGCUGCUACGCAUUGAAGAAUGCAACCCAAUCUACAUUGGAGUGACAGACCACUUAUGGGGGAAACACUGUCAGAGGGAUUUCAAAGACUCCAAACUUCAGGAAUAUGAAUCAUGGAAAGAGAUGCACAUCAGGCUGUCUGAGGAGAGGGAAAGGAAACUCCAGAGACUGACAAAAAGCAUCAUUUCGGCACAUUCUAAGAAACCCAAAGGUCGGCAGGUGAAGAUGGCAUUUAUGCACACUGUUGCCAAGCCACCGAGAGAUGUGCGAAUUCAGCAGGAAAUUCAUGGAACUGCUGUUCAGCAGCCUCCUCAGCUCAAGUGCAGUGUCAAGACUCAGGACAACAGAUUGAAGCCGAGUUGUAAUGAGCCCAGCAGGUCCAGCAGCUUGACUUCAGGCGGGGGCAAUGCACAAGACCCCCGCAAAAAAACAAGAGUUGCUCCAAUGAUGGCAAAGUCCUUGAAGGCAUUUAAGAAACAGCUGGGACGCAGAUAAAUGCUCUUAUAUGAUGUGGCUAUUUAGAGUGUGACGAUGUGGGAAAAGUGCACCCUAUCAUUGAUAAACUUUGGACGAUAUUAGGCCUUUUUGUUCACCUUAGAUACUUCUGUGUUGUUUGUCUUAAUACAUAGGCAACUGCCAUGUUUUUUUCUCUACAACUGUGAAUUGUCUUCACUAUUAAAAGGACAAUGAAGUCAGCAAAUUUACCUGAUUUUGAUAUUUUGUCUUUCAGCCUGUUUGAGCUGAAAAGGGCAAAUGGCUGGUUAUUUAAUGGGGUGUGGCUCCCUCUAGAGGAUGUACAGAGAAAUUUUAUCUUCUGUAAUUUCUCCUACAAAUUUUUUUGCUAUACAUAAUAUUUCUGAUUGUCUCAACCAGUGCCAGUAUUUUGACAGGUUGAAUAUAUUUUUGAUAACACUCCUCAUACCUCUUCUUCAUUAACCUACAUCAAAGGGAACCAAAGAGUAACCCUAAGUGUUACAACUGAAUACAUAUCAGAGCUGGAGCUGACCUUGACCACAGUGGGUUCAUUUCUCAUAAUAUACUGUAAUAAGAUCUGGUAUGUCAUCCUGUUUUGUUGUGUGUUCAGGUCCAAGGUUUGUUGUCAUCCACUCAAACAGUUCUGUUAACACAUUUUUUUUCCUCAUAGUGAAAAGAAAGCAGUUCUUUGUGAGUUCACUAAACUCCCCAUGAUGUUGUGUUUCUUGGGGGAAAGGCAUCUGCUGCCUGCCACUUCUCAAGGACCCUUCCUGUCUAUUUUUGUUUUUGUGGAUACGUUUGACCAACUGUUUGAGAUAUUAGAAGGAAGGCUCUGAAGCUGCUGCAGCCUUCUGCACCACCUGUGGCAGCCUGCUAAGACUGUGUCAUUAAUCCAUCUCCUGUUUAAUUUAUUGGUUUAAGCUUAGCUGCUAUUAUAUAUCUAUGGGACUUGUGAAUGUGUUUUAGUAAUUGUAAGUCUUAAAACGUUUUGCUUUUUUGGAGGCUUUUUUGCUUGUGAUUUAACA